AUGAACUUGUUGUGCACCAUGUUAAAAAAGAAGAAGGAUAUCUGUUUAGGGUUCUUCAACAAAAAAAGAAGAAGAAGGAUAUCCCUGCUUACUUAUUUGGAGGAUCCUAUUGACGGCACUGAUAAGAAGCAGAAGGGGUCUAAUGUGGAGUCCACUCAUCAACCGGAGGCUCAGGGCACAUAA